CCGACCAACAACACACCGUCAAUACUAAUAAGAAUACGAUAGACAAGACCUUGGUAACGUAGUUACCAAUUUCAGCUUGGAUGGAUAGUGCGACGCCAUGGUGAUCCAAUUCAGAACAUUGUUGUUCAACCGUCUCUUCUGGGCGGCGUUGCUCUUGUGUGCAACCUUUCCAGGAGUUAUCGCCACUGCAAACCAAGAGAAAGCUGCAACGACAAACAAUGGUGAUGGCAUUCUGAUAUCCAAGUUCACCACCAUGCGACGGUGGCUGCCAACACAAAAGGAAGGCAGAACUGUGAAUAGUAGUGAUUCUGUCAUUGGCACUCCAAAGGAAAAGCGAAAUGUUCGUCAACGGCUGGCCACAACCAGCGAUCACGGUCUGCAAAAGUCACAAUCCAGCCCUCCCAUUGUGAUAUCACGUCAAAGGAUGCGAAAGCAUCUUCGGAGAGGCAGCCCCGCCGAGGAAAAGAGAAAACUCCGAAGCAGGGCAAGGCACAAAAAGCUGAACAACAUGGAUCCUGCAAGGGAGAUUGGGGAUGGAGCAGAGAAUGAGUCAGGAGGGGCAAGCCUGAUUGCCAGGAGUAAGGAUAGAAGGGGAAAGGAUAAACAGAAUGCCGAGCUCAAUGACCAAGAUCAAACAGCUAUGGUGGAACUUCUCGACAGCCACUCUGCUGUUGCCUACAUGGUGACACCAGAGGAGGCAAAAGAGAUGCCAGAUACAGUCUACUUUUUGACUGGUGAGCAAGUAGCUGAGUACAUUGAUUCUGAUCCAGAACUGGCAAGGAAUAAGGGAUUCUCAGAAAAUCUCCAGGUAGCAGUUGUCCCAUCCACUGCCACAGGAGCUGCUGGGUUGGUUGCAGGAACUUUGAUUGGGGCUGGUGGUCUUGCGGUUAUCCUAUGCAUCACUGGGGCCAUCUGCUCUGAUGCGCAAGAAGUCAGAGUGGAUACCAGUGGUACCAUGAUAUUUGAGAAUCUAGCACGAGCUCCCACUGAAGAAGAGGAAGCAGGAGUUGUUGUAGAAAUGGCCAGGUACUACCAACAAAUCAUAGCGGAAGCUUUUGGUGCUGUUGCCACACAAUCACUGGCAUCAGGAGAGGAACCACUGGAAACAACCCCAACACAGUUUAUUGACUUUCAGAUUAUGGAUGCAAAUUUUAGCACAGCAACUACUGUCCGGAAGACUGUGACUGGAGAGGAUAUUACUUGUGUAUCAACAAGUGACUUCUUGGGUGAAUCUAUCUUUCUAGUUAAUCUCAGACGGCGGCAACGUCGAUCCCUUCAGUCAACUGAUGGAGAGAAAAUGGUUGAUACACAAGUUGUAGAUCUUGCCAUUCAACGAGCAGACCUUGAGAUCUUCCGGACCCAGUAUGCAGCUAAUGCAGAACCAGAGGAUAGCAUCUACCGAGAUCUGACUGAAGAUAGUGUGACUUUUGUAACCACUACAACUCCCGCACCAACAACAUCACCGAUUCCAGCACCCACAACCACCGCACCAACUGCCCCGCCUGAGAUCACAAGAAGAAUGGUAGGAGCAAGAUUAGGGUAUGGAUUCUUUUCAGGGACAACCAUUCGAGAACCAUCUUCUGAAGAAUAUGCUGGUCUGUUUGAGGUAACAGAGGACUUUUAUGAUCAGGUGCUUAGCUCAGUGUACCCAGACCUUUUCGUCCCGGGCAGUGUUGUAUUGUCAAAUGUUGUGACUAUAUUUGACUGCACAAUGCCAGCUGUACUCCCUGAACAAACUCUUCCAUGUCCCUCACCUGUCAUAGUGGACUUUGACCUCCUUGUCUCAUUUGGGGCCAGUGAAGACAACACCCCCUCUGCUGACAGUAUCUUUCAAGUGAUGGAAGAAGCAGAUUAUCGAGACUACGUUCAGAACUAUGUUUGGAAUGCUGAGCCAUCGGGGACCAUUUUUUCUGCAACACAAAGAGCACGUUUUUCGGAAAGAGGUGGUGACAGCAUAACACCCAGUCCAGCACCCAGCAGAAUCACGAGCCUCGAACCGUCACCAAUCAAUCCAAAUCCGACCGAUCCAUCUCCAACCAAUCCAGCUCCAAUUCCGUUUACAUUGCCCCCAUUCUCAGUUACAUCGCCCCCUAUUUCAAUGACAAUGCCUCCAAUCAAUCCAAAUCCGACCGAUCCAUCUCCAACCAAUCCAGCUCCAAUUCCGUUCACAUUGCCUCCAUUCUCAGUUACCUUGCCCCCAAUUUCAAUGACAAUGCCUCCAAUCAAUCCAAAUCCAACCAAUCCACCUCCAAAUCCUUUUACAUUGCCCCCAAUUCCAAUGACAAUGCCACCGAUUCCGUCCACACCGAUGUCAAUUGCUCCGGUCUUGCCCACAGUGCCCACAGCAGGAAGUCCCACAUUACCUGGGUUGGUUUCAACAUCAAGUGCAAUUAACCUUGUGAUGUCUCAGACUUUUGGACGGGUUCCUGUGCAAACAGAAAUUGAUGGCCUCAUGGUCCAGCUAAAUCGAUUUUACACAGUAGAGCUCAUGAAUGAAUUUGGUGCUGAUUUUCUGAUGUUGAUAGCAACAGAGAUCUCUUCCAACAGUGACGUGGCAGGAACAUUCACAGCUUGCAGCAUCAGGCAUGCAGAUGUAACAUACUUUGUGGAGGGAGCAGAUAUUCCCUCCACAUCUGAAGUGGACGAGGCCAUCCAAAAUGCUGACUUAACCAGGUUCAUUCAGAGUUACCUUCCAGAUGUCUUUCCAGAAGGCAGUAUUUUCAAGAACACUAUCCAAGCAACUGCAACUUCCACCACAGGAAGCCCCACCUCCAUGCUCCCAUCUGUUACACCCAUAACAACGAUAACUAUUGGAAAACAGCUGGGAUAUGGAUUCUUUCCUGAGACAACUGUUCGACAACCAACACUCCAGGAAUUCAUGGGACUUUUUGAGGUCACCAAGGCAUUUUAUGAAAAUAUCCUCUUCUUGGCUUAUCCAGGAAUUUACACUAAGGGCAGUCUUGAAUUAUCAAACAUUGCGGAGGAGUUCUACUCUACACCAGUCCCAACAGUUCUUGUGGACUUGGAUCUCACAGCCAGCUUUUUCACAGACCAUGCCCAUGCUCCUUCCUCUGAAAGGAUAUCCAAAGUGAUUGAAGCAGCAAACUACCAAAACUACAUUCAGGAUUAUGUGUGGAAUGCAGAGCCAAUAGGGACCAGCCUUUUCUAUACCACUAACCGUGCAAGUUUGAGCGUCAGAGUUGGUGGUGCCUUGGCACCGAGUGAAGCACCAAGCACUGCACCAAGCACGUCACCAAGCCAGAGACCGCUUCCUUACAUUACUGCUGUGGUGACCAGGCGGCCCGUAGGUUGAGAAAGAUUUGCAUUGAUAACCGAUAGCCCUUCUAGAUCGGACACAAACGAGCUGCUAUGGAUAGGAACUGUUGCCUUUGCUCCACCACCUGGCUGUCGUAGUGUCUCACCUUGCAAACAUCCCAUGAUAAUGGUUCCAUUCCGUCCUGCAGAGUUGCUCCAUUAAAGUGCAGGCCACAGUUGCAACCAAGGUUAGCUAGCAGCAUAGCAGUGGCUCAAAUCUAUGUGUAGUAUGGAAUGAUAGGAUGUUGCCAUGCAGAAGAGAAGAAGCAAGACAAAGUAAACUUGGGAACCAAAAUGGCUGACACACAAACUGGACAAUCAUGAAACUAAAGUCAAUGUAAACACUGCAACAUGCCCCGGAGGCAGUGCAGAAGCAAGCAGCAGUUCCUACGCAUUGUAACUUGGCUCUCCUGAUUCAGCUGGACUAGUUGGGUGCUCAUGCCAAUGCCAAUGGUCAUCGGGGGGAGGGGCUUCACACACAGUGUGAGCGGUGAAGCCGUCAACACAGUUCACUCGACACUACCUGGUAGUAGGUCUAGAAGAAUUAAUAGCCUUGGGGACUACAGCAUUAGUCUCUACUGAAAGCAGUGCUGCUUGAGAUCCAAACUCAGGAAGGAUCAAAGUGUGGGGGCUAAACUAGGCAGAGUAGGGCACCUGUGGUAGGAAAUGUCAGGGAGAGGGAGCAGUAAUUUUCAAGACUGCCUGGCAGUCUGGUCGCCACUGCCAUGAUGUAUAUAGAGCUAGACGGAGGCUAGGGGCUGAGCGCUGUACUUGGUUCUUGUUGGUCAACAGAUCUUUCUCUCAGACUUGCACGGUUGGUGUUGUAGAAAAUACUGGUCCCUCUUGGCUCUGCAUUCCACACAUAAAAC